AUGUUAGCAACAACUUCACCAAACUCGUUAGUCAUGAAUCCAACAUCUAUGUUAGUAGAGAUGAAAAGCUUCAUUCCUUCUUCAUAUACUUUCGAAACAGAAAUCCAGAAGAUAAAGCAAGAACUUCUCCAAGGAGAUUUAGACUGUAGUGCGAAAGAUGAAACAAAUGAAGAAUAUCUUUAUGAAAUGCAGGAUAUUAUUGACCAUCUACCUAAACUUCCUGAAAUCCAACAACAAAAGCUUACUAUUCCUGAAUUCGAUGAAAUAGAAGUCAAAGCAACUGACUCAGUAGAAACCAAGAAGUUCAUACGUAAGGUAAACUAUGAGUUUCUUGGAUUUCAUUGCAACCACAAAGUCAUGGACAAAGACUGCGAUAUGGUAUAUAAAAAUGUUUCUGACAUAUAUAAAUCUGAAGAAUUUAAGACCUACGACAACUUUGUUUCGUUAGUUGCAAAAUGUGUAUGGCAGAUAAGAGAUAAAGAUAAAAGAGGUAAAGUAUGGAACGAACAGAUAAAACCAGCAACUUUUGAGUUAAAGAAAACCAUUGACGCCUUAGUUGUACUUGCAGGACAAAUUUCAAUGUACAAUGCUAAAAUGAACCCACAAUGUUCAAA